AUGCCAUUCCCCAAAGAAUGGAAAAUGAAGCCGGUUCCUUGGAUGCCCGGUGCCGUUCCCGAUCUUAAGAUUUGGGUACGGGCCCUGGCUUCGACCUCUACAUACGCCGAACGUUCGUGGCCUGGCAGAGAUGCGGUUUUGAGGCCCCUGCCCGGCGAGGAAGAAGCCUCGGGCCCGGUUUCUAAACCGGAGAAGGGAAAUAAGAGAAAAAGGGCCUCUAUUUCUGAAAAUCCAAAACCAAAGGCAAGGUCGACUCGUAAGUCGAGGAAGAAUACCAUUUCUUUCUUAGAAUCGGUUCAACGUCUAAGGAAUGAAGAUGAGGAAGAAGAAGAAGACGGGUCCGUACUGGUGGCUCGAGCGAAGAAGACCACUGAUGUUCUACAGGCAGCUGGAUCGAUGGUGGCCGUAGAAGCUCAUCGAGAAGCAUGUUCUCGAUCCCGAGCUGAGCUGCGUCAAUACGAGGCCGAUCUCCAACGGGCCACGGAGGAGAGGAAGGCCCUUAAACUCCUCUUAGCCGAAAGUCAACUUCAAAGUCUGAAGGAGAAAAGCUUGGUUCAAGCAAGGAAAACAGAGGAGCUCGAGGCUCGGUUGGCUUCUGAACUUGCCAAGGCUGAAAAGACAAAGGCCGAUGUAGACGCAUUUGUGGCUGUUUAUCGGGCCGAUGCUGAAGCCGCUCAGUCAUAUAUCCAUGCUCGAGGCUUCGAUCUUACUGAAGAGAUAACAAAGGCAAAAGAGAUUAAAGCCGAUGCUGGGGCCUUGGCCUCCGAUGAUGAUGAUGACGAUGAUGAUGAUGAUGACGGUGAUGGGAGCAAGAACGGAUCUCAGAGUGGGGAGGAGCCCGAUGGAGAAAAGACUGCUCCCGUAGAUAAUUAUGGUUUUUCGUUUUUUGAUCUUUUCAUGUAA